UCAUCACCGCGCGACCUGUCUUUGGAUGAAGUGCAUUUUGCAAUGAUUGACAACGUUUGUUUUUCGUGAACAUAAUUAAAAGGUUAAUUUUUUUUUACUGUAGACAUUAUGCGACUGGGCUUUCGGUAUGGCUGUCGAUGGUUGCCUCUCAGAAGGAUUCCACAUAAGUUAUUUCCUCUCUCAGAGAUUGGGAUUCGCAGGAACACGACUGGAGCCAGCCCAGUGAGCCUCUCAUAUGAUGUGUUUGAUGGCAGGGGUACAGGAACCCCCCUGGUUUUCCUACAUGGCUUGUUUGGCUGCAAAUCCAAUUUCCAGUCUAUAGGAAAGAAGCUGGUGCAGCAAACUGGUCGAAAGGUGCUGACAAUUGAUGCUCGUAAUCAUGGUAACAGUGCACACAGUCCUGUCAUGACUUAUGAAGCCAUGUGCAGUGAUCUUCAAAAACUGAUGAGUCAGCUGCACAUACAGAAGUGCGUUCUCAUUGGACACAGUAUGGGUGGCAAGGUGGCCAUGACAACUGCAUUGCUCCAGCCAGAUUUGGUGGAGAGGCUGGUGGUAGUGGAUAUUAGUCCCAGCAAAACAUCCACCCAGACCAAUUUUCCUACCUACAUUACUGCUAUGAAAGCAGUGAAGACGGACAGUAACAUCCCUCGGUCGACAGCCAAGAGGCAGGCAGAGGACCAACUAAAACCUUUUGUGAAGGACCAUUCAGUUAGGCAGUUUCUCCUCACUAAUCUUAUUGAAGAGAAUGGACUUUAUAUCUGGAGAGUGAAUUUGGACGCCAUCACCAAAAAUCUUGACAGCCUCUUGGGAUUCCCAGAACUUGACACAUCCUAUUCUGGUCCAACUCUCUUUCUAGGAGGAGGGAAUUCACCUUAUAUUAGCUCUGAAGAUUUUCCAGAGAUCCAGCAGUUGUUUCCUUACUCUGAUAUCCAGUAUAUUGAAGGUGCCAGUCAUUGGGUUCACGCUGACAAGCCUCAUGAUUUUAUAAAAUCUAUACGUACAUUCCUAUGCAGUCCAUAAAGUCUAACUAAAGAUGUACAAGGCAUAAAAGAAGGUAAACCUUUGUAAAGUUUGGUCACCAAACAAAAUAAUAAUUGAAGCACAGUCUGCAGGAGUCCAUAAUGUGCACAUGCAGUUGUGUGUUUAAUUUAUGUUCAUUGUCCACAUAAAUUGAACUGAAUGGCCAUAUUUAAAAUGUUUAACCAGCAGCUUAAAGAAGGAGGUGUGAAGGACAUGUCACAUUAGGCAGCUUUUCUGUCGAUUUUUCAGCCUUUGUUUACAUAAACUUAGGGAGUUGGGGGGGGCAGUCAUGGUUUUCUUCUACCCAGUGGCUCACUCUGAUAAAAUCAAACGGGUGUGAUUUUGUCUUUAGUCGUAGCGGUGGGCUACCUGUGUGUGAGACCAGAGAACCAGUGAAAGUUCAUCCGGAAGUACACUGCAGUGCAAUGCAGUGAUGAGGAAUAAGGAACAUGGGUGUUUUGAACCUGACAAACAGAAGGGAUGCUUGUCUGUCUGAUGUCUCCUGUUUUCAGUGCCAUAAGACAAUGGGGAAAACUAAAAAAAAAAGGGCUGAGAUUGCAGCUGAACUUGCCAUACCUGUUAACCUUUGGUACAGCGCCAGGUCCUGCAGGCAGAGCAGACAAAAGAGACAAGCAGGUCUGCGCUGAAUGAUGGGCACUCGGUCAGUUAGUGCGACAUGGGCAGCGAUUCUCAGUCAUGACCAGUCAUGGUCCACCGACAAGAACAGCAACUGCAGUUGUCAUGUCUGACAUCCCCUGUGACUCGAAGUUGCGUAAUGUGACAUCAUCUUAAAACAUCUAACUGGAUUGUACCGUGGGACUGUGACAAACUGUCAACUGCAAGAGGAUUCAGCUACUGGGGUCAAAAUUAUUUCCAAUGCUAAAAAGGUCUUUUUUUCUUUUUCUGAUUUCUGUACAAAGUUACAUGUAAGUCAUCACAAAAUCCUUUUAAACUAGGAAUAAAUUAAUAUUCUAAUACA